AUGCAACAUAUGGUACGCCAAGAGUAUUAUGUUCCCCGUCUUAAGCCGCAAAUCAAGAAGUGCAUCUUCACGUGCAAGAUUUGCACUAUGCACAAACAGAAGAUGCGAACACAGAUUGUGGCAGCACUUCCACCUGAACGCUACAAUUUCGCUCUGCCUUUUACCACAACAGGUGUUGAUUUUACUGGGCCUUUCUCGGCAGUACAUCUGGAGCUAUGUAGUAAUCUGACAACAGAGGCGUUUCUCGCGGCAUUUGCUUGCUUCGUCGCUCGACGUGGUUACCCAUCCAAAAUCAUGAGCGAUUUUGGCAAAACUUUCAUUGGAGCUCAACAAGCCACAGAAAAGCAACUUGUGGAUUUCUUAAAACAAGUGUCACCCGACAUCGUACAGAAGUACGCCCCACAAGGUAUCAGUUGGCAUUUUAUACCCCCAAGCGCUCCGCAUAUGGGCGUUUUAUGGGAAUGA